UUACCUUGCUACCUCACAGCAUGACACAUGUUCCCAUCAGCCUGCGAUAUAUAAAGAGUAUCACCAUGCUGUUGAGUAUACCGGGCGUCUGUCCAAUUCACUCACAGUACUCUUGACUUGUCAUUUUCUCGUCCAUAUUUUCCAAGCCCUCUGCAGCCCCCUCUCCCCCACGAAUCGCACAAUGAAGACGACGCUGCUUUUCGCCCAAGUGGCCAGCGCGGCUGUCAUCUGGGAUGGUAGAUUCAACGACUUCAGCUCGUCAGCGGAUCUUGACAAGUGGAGCUGGAGCAAUCAGGUUGGGCCGUAUCAAUACUACAUCCACGGGUCGGGCACGGUGGACAAGUACGUCAACCUUAGCCCGGAUUACAAGAACCCCAACGACACGGUGUCGAAGCAAGGGGCCAAGUUCACGCUAGACAGCACGGCCUUCUGGAACGGACAAACCAUGCGACGGACGGAGCUGAUCCCACAGACGACGGCGGCCAUCAACAAAGGAAAGGUGUACUACCACUUCAGCCUGUUGCGCAAGGACACCAACGCGCCCAGCGUCAACCGCGAGCACCAGAUCAACUUCUUCGAGAGCCACUUCACCGAGAUGAAAUACGGCUGGAUCAGUGGCGAGUCCGGAACUAGCAACCCGGCUUUGCAGUUCAUGAUUAGUCAGAACAGCAAGUGGAAGACGGAGUGGUUGCCGGAUGUGUGGCAUAAUGUUGCUUAUGAGAUUGAUUUUUCCGCUAACACGGUCGGAUUCUGGCAUUCGGAGGGAAGCGCUCCGCUUACUCAGGUUGUCAAGCCCGCCUCCGCCUCGACUUCGUCGAACGGCGCCGACUGGCAUUUGGGCGUGCUGGAGCUGCCACGGUCCGGAUACAGCGACAGCAACGAGGACUUUUACUUCUCCGGUGUCUACAUUGAGAGCGGUACCCUUACUACCGCCGUCAGUGGAGCUACGGCAUAAUUGAGAAAGGUUAAGUUGAAAAUGGCGUGGGAAGCACGAGAAGGGACGGUGAGCGUGAAUUAUAGGACUAUUUAAGGUUCGCGUGCCUGGUCGACUUCUCUCUGUAAAUAUAGAAAUGUAGAUGGGAACCGCAGACUUGAAGGAAUC